UCUUUUUGUAAAACCCCACGGACGUCGUCUUCCAUUCUUUCUUUCUUUCCGUUGGUCUCCUUUUCUCUACAUAUCGGAACCCCACGCUCACCAAAGUUAUACAUAUACUGACUCAUAUACAUUUAGAGAGAUGGAAUGUACCAUCCGUCGAGAGGUGGAGUUCGUGGCGGUCGUGAUCAGUUCAGUUGGGAAGAUGUGAAAGCUGAUAAACAUCGAGAAAACUAUUUAGGACAUAGUCUCAAGGCACCAGUUGGAAGAUGGCAAAAAGGGAAAGACCUCCGCUGGUAUGCCCGUGAUAAAAAAUCUGAGGCUACAAAUUCUGAGGCUAUUAAAGAAGAGAUACAAAGGAUCAAGGAGGAAGAGGAGCAAGCCAUGAGAGAGGCUCUAGGCUUAGCUCCUAAACGGGCAAAAAAAUCUCAAGGUAAUCGACUAGAUAAACAUGAAUUUGCUGAACUUGUGAAACGAGGUUCUACUGCAGAAGACUUGGGAGCUGGCCAUGCUGAAGCUGCUCAGGUUCAGGGUCUUGGUUCAUCUAGGGUUCCCCGCCCUUGGGAAGAAUCAAGUUUACCUGCCAAUCUGGAGUCCGAGUCACUUGAGAAGAUGAAUAAUUCCAUGCUAAUCACACCUGCAAGGAAUGAUGAAGAACAGUCUGAAGAUGAAAGUAACAGAAAGCGUGGGGAGAAGAAACGCGAGAAGCAUGAAAAGCCUCGUGCUUCAGAUGACAGCAAGGGGAAACACAACAAAGAGAAGGAAAAGAGGACACGAUUCAGAUUGAUGAAAUUAAAUUAACAGUCCGAGGAAGGUAAGAAAAUUAAGUAAAUGUGGUUUUCUAGAUUUGAUUCCACUUCAGUUUCUUUAGGUGAUCCCAUGUGGUAUUAGUGUUUUGUGAAUGUGAUUUUUUUUUUUUUUUUUUUUUUUGUGUGUAAUAUCGUAAUACAAUACUAUUUUUCACGUCUUUUUUCCAUGAUUGUUGAUCUUGAAAAAUUGAUUUCUUGACUGAUGAAUACAGAAAUGUAGAAUAUGGCAUGGUAAAUGAUUGGAGGGAAUUCGCCACAUGUAGUAAGAUGUACUCAUAAAUAUUAAAUAAGAAUUUUGAGUGUUAAUAAUUUAAGUGGAAA